AUGGCUACCCUGCUCGAACGCAAGAUAGCCUACUUUAGCCUCGAACGCAAGCAUGCUGCUCUGGCCCAAGAUCGUGAUAGACUGCUAGUCAAGUUUGACACCCAUGUGGAAGCCAUGGAGGCGUCCAAACAUGAGAUUGCUACUAAUGCGUACAAGUUGGGAUACCUGGACUGCCAGAACGGUGCUUCUCCUUGCUGCCCUCUCGAAGAUGACGAUGAUGAGCAGUCCUGUCUUGAUCUGCCCUUUGCUCACAAAGUAGUUGAAGAGCAGGUAGCAGAUGAAGCUGCAACAGAGGAAGACAAGCCCCAAGGCGGGUCAGCUGAGGAGGGUAAGGAACAAGCAGCCGAGGCAGUUGAGUAG